AAACUGCAAUGGACAAGACCGGGAUUCGAACCCGGGCCCCCUGAAUCUCUAGUCAGGUGCUCGACCAACUGAGCUAUUUACUGUCUGAUCGCUACAGCUCCAAUAACUUAAAUCUAAAAUUGUUCCUUCAAACUAUUUCUUCAUUGAAAAUUUCUACUAACACCAUCUUCGAUGCGACCGGAGAUUUCAGGUCGAGCGUUACCAGUUUUAAUAUUGUCGUCGCUUUAACAGACCAAUGAAAUAGCUUCGCAUACGCAUUUUCCGGUUCCGUUGUAAACCUUUCACGUUGCAUAUCCCGAAGGCAGCUGUUACUACUGUUGUCAGCUUUCAUGCAGUAGAUUUGUGUGGCUUUUUCCCCCUUCAAGAUGCAGUUCGACAUUAGAAGAUUUGACAUCUACAGGAAGGUUCCUAAAGAUCUGACACAGCCAACAAUCACUGGAGCCUGCAUUUCCAUCAGCAGCGUCCUCUUCAUAUUGUUCCUGUUUCUGUCAGAGCUCUCCCUCUUCAUCACCCAUGAUGUUGUUAGUGAAUUGACAGUAGAGGAUCCUGUGAAACACUCAGAGAAAAUUCCUGUCUUCAUCAACCUCACUAUACCCAAGUUAAACUGUAAAUAUUUAGGACUAGACAUACAAGAUGAUAUGGGAAGACAUGAAGUGGGCUUUCAAGACAAUACUCAGAAGUUUGAGGUCAACGAAGGAAAUGGUUGCAGGAUGGAAUCUCACUUCCUUAUCAACAAGGUGCCUGGUAAUUUUCAUGUUUCCACACACUCAGCAGAGGAACAGCCAGGUAAUCCAGAUAUGACCCACGUCAUUCACAAAGUCCGGUUUGGGAUGGAUCUACAGGAGGGAAAGGAUGUAUCAGGAUCAUUUAAUCCAUUGGAGGGCCUGGAUAAAACAAAAUCACAAGCAAUAGCAACACAUGAUUACAUAGUGAAAAUUGUCCCGUCUGUGUAUGAGGAUUCUCGGGGAAAUUUACGAUAUCCAUACCAGUAUACGUUCUCUUAUAGGGAUGUUAUUCAGUAUGGCCAUGGUGGUCGAAUGAUGCCAGCAAUCUGGUUUCGGUAUGAUCUCAGUCCCAUUACUGUCCGAUACAAGGAAAAAAGAAAGCCAUUCUACACAUUCCUUACUACGGUCUGUGCCAUUGUUGGGGGGACAUUCACUGUCGCUGGGAUUAUUGAUUCCUGCAUCUUCACGGCAGCUGAAGUCUUCAGGAAGCUCGAGAUCGGAAAACUCAGUUGAUCUUUAGGAGUACUAGUUCUGAUUACAAAAUUCACCACAUCCAUCUAGUCAUCAGAAUACACUAAUGGACUGUUUCAUCAGCUGUGAAAGUUUACGAACUUUGGUAUACUCUGACUGUGAGGGUGCUAUAGAAAUGUUGGAUACUGUGGUGAUGUCAGCAUUUGUGUGCAAUUUGAAUUAAUUUCUUAUCUCCAAUUUGUAUGACUCUUUUUUCCCAUUUUUAUUAUGAGGUUAUGUUACAAAUCCACUGAAUGCCAUAUCUCUGAGUGGUUGUUGGUAUAAAUGUAAUAAUUUUGUUGGAAGAGUAUGAUAUGCAAAUCAGAGAUUUUAAAGGUGGAUGUAGGACUGAAAUAUCGAGUGCGAUAUUUUCAUAUUUUUAGAUAUACCAUGUGACAAAUCAUUAUCACAUCAUUUUUUAAACAAUUGAUUCUGUUUUGUUUGUGUGCCUUUAUAUUAUAAUAUUUGUAUUGCCAAAAUGGAAACAAUUCUUAACAAAGUAGCCAGCACGGCAAGACUUUUAAACACUCUAGUUUUAAAGCAUUUCUUUGGACAAGUGCAUUAUGGUACAGUGGUGUCUGUCUGUCCGUCUGUGUGUCUUCUGCAUUUUUACCUAUGCGUUCACAGAUUGCAUUGAAACUUGAAUUGAAAUAGAGUUCCUCCAGAUUUUGUUGCAUUUUACCAACUUUUGCAAGAGUUAUGCCCCUUUAUGUGAUAUUUGAUUUACAAUGCAAGUUGUGAAGCUAGGACCUUAUAAAAUCAGUGUUUUCUUGGUUAUUGAAGAAAUGCACACUGAAGGAUUAAUGCAGUUUUGUGAGCCUCAUCUAGUGUACAAUUUACCCCGCACUGGUGAUAUUUUUUGUUUACAUUUAUAAAAUUCAGUUUCCUGUAAUGUUACAAAUAUUGGACUUGAACUUUGAACUGAUAAUGAUGAUGGGCAUAUUUUGUACCUUUUGUGGUUCUCUUGUUAACUGGGAACAAUAGAAAUGCAUGCACAUGUGCAAGACCAAUAGUCAAUGGGUGAUAACCCCAAAAUGUAAAUGUUACCAACAAGUAUAUAGAUAGAUAUAUAGAUAGAUGAAUAUUCGUAGAAAUUUAUCACAUUCCAAUCACAGAGAAUACUGUAUCUGUACAUUUAAUGAUGACCAGUUUUUUUCCCUGGCUUUCAACAAUUUUGUAGAUUUAUGCUUUCCAGUGUUAUUUGAUAUCAAGUUCUGCACUUACAAGAAGUAAUAGUAAAACGAAGUGUGCAUAGUUUUAUACGUGAAGAUGAUACUGUAAAAGCAGAAUCAAGCUGUAACAGCAAAAUGUGUUCAGAUAUCUGUGCAGAGCUCAUGAUCAGAUAUCUGUGGAGCUCAUGUUCAGAUAUCUGUGCAGAGCUUCAGCUGUAACAGCAGAAUAUGUUUAGAUAUCUAUGCAGAGCUCAUGUUCAGAUAUCUGUGUGGAGCUCAUGUUCAGAUAUAUGUGCUGGGAUUGAUAUCUAGGGUAAAUUUGAUUCCGUCAAUAAAUAUAUGCCUGCAGUAUUUUCUGGGUUUUUAUUGUACAGAUAUAUUUUUAUUUUCAGAGAUUGUUAAGAUAUCUAUGUUGGUAUGGGAGAUUGUUGGACUGUUUGAACCUCCAAGAUGUUUGUUUGUUAAAUGAUUUUUGCAAUACUGGGAAAUAUUGUUAUGGAAUGUUGCUGCUGAAUAUGUUGCCUCUAUCUGAGAUGACUGUUUAGAUCUGUUCAUAUCCAGUUACUGUGAUAAGUCAAAAUUUCUCUUUAGUACUAUUAUUUUCAGUCUACAGACUCCCAUGCAUUAUUAAAUUUAUUGACUCUGGCGUGAAUAACAGUGCUUCAUGAACCCACAUUCAAUUUGUCUUAGAAAUAUUGAAAAGUGUAGAAUUAUGUGAAAUUUUCAACUUAUCUAUUAAUUUGUAAGAUACAAGCAUACUGACUUUGAAAACUUCCAAUAAUGCAAUAUUUACAUCCUUAUAGUUUUAUUACAGAGUUUUAAGACUCCUGUUUUAUCUCAGUGAGAUACCACAAUACCGUAAUGUUUAUAGAACAGAUUCAAAACAGCAGUGGAACAUUUCAUUGAUCAGAGCAAUGCAAGAUAUAAUUAGAAGACUGCAGGUGUACUCUAUAAAUAAUGAUAAAAUGAUAGAUAUAUCUCUUUUUAUUUAUAAAAUGUAGACAAGACACUCCAAUAUGAGAACAAAUAACAUACAGAGUAGUGAUUGGACUGAACAAAAGAUCAGCAGGUGUCAUGGGAAUAUUGCAGCAGAUGUGAAUUUAGGAUGAAAGGGUAGCAAGAUAUACAUGAUAGUGUCUACUAGUGGUACUUUAAUAUGGCAUAUGUAUGUAAAAUACAGAAACAGUUGUAAACUGCAUGUUAAUUAUUGAAAGAUAUAUAUUUUGCUAUUUCAAACUUGAUUUUUUUUAUAUGAUGAAUAGGAAACAAGUUCUAAAACUUAUAUGAAUGCAAUUUUAUUUGUUUACAAGAUUCACCCAUUUAGCAAGGAAAAUAUAGGAUUAAUGAAGACAAAAUCUGAAAUCAGGGGGUAGGUGGUCACGCGAGUCCAUUUCACCGGGUAUUGACCUACAUUUAGCUGUCUCUAUACAGAAAGAUCUGAAUAAUAUUUUGAAGAAGCAAUUUGUCUCCGUUUUGUCACAAAGCAAGUCCCGGCAUCAAUAGUUUAUUAUUACAAAUUCUGAUCAGGCUGGGGAUAUACAUGUUUUUGUUGAGACAGAUUGCACCAUAUGUAUAAUAAUAAGAUACUUUUUCAGAAACACAAUGUUCAAUAUUGAACAAGUGUUAGAAGGUUGUGAGUUUCACAAGACAGAAAUUUAUUAUGAUGUAUAUUAAAAGUAAUAACGUUACAUAUUACCACAUUUUGUUUUAAUUAGAAUUGCAAUUUUAUUUCAACCCAAACAUACUAGGGUAUGUACACUGUAAAGAACAGCGUUCAGAAACUGAGUUUCAAGACAUCGCUUUACACUUUAUUUAUGGGAGUGGGACCAGGUAUUUGAUGUUUUUUGUUGAAAUAAACUUUUUAUUUAAGUC